ACCUCUUCCGGUUGAACUAUGCAGAAGAAGGUUCUGUUGGUCGGCAUCGACGAGAGUCAUGCGAGUUUCUAUUCUCUGGAAUGGGCCAUCGAUCAUCUGCUUGCUCCUGACCCUCCUAAUUCAAUCUUCAAGCUCGUCUUGGUCCAUGUCAAGUUGCCGGCUCUUUCCAUCUUGCGCGUCUCCGGCCCCGGGAUCGGCGGAGACAUCUUGCCAACGGUUGAAGCUGAUUUGAAGAAGACGGCUGCUGUAGUCACUGACAAAGCCAAGGAGCUAUGCAAGCGCAAAUCCGUCAUCAAUUUCCAUGUGGAGAUUGUGGAGGGUGAUGCCAGGAACGCCUUGUGCCAAGCUGUCGAAAAGUACCACGCCGACAUCUUGGUCGUGGGCAGUCAUGGUCACGGAGCUUUCAGGAGGGCAAUCUUGGGAAGCGUGAGCGACUACUGUGCACACCAUGCCCAUUGUACCGUCAUGAUCGUUAAGAAGCCCAAGAACAAAGAAAACCACUCGAACUAAUCUCUCUCUCUCCCUCUCUUUUUCGUAUUAGGAUCAACCCGACUCUGAUCAGGGGACUACCUGAAGAGUGGCAAGACUUCGUUUGGUGCUCUCCUUGUACUCUUGUGACUAGAACUCCCCUUUCUGCUCUACGGAGAAGCACUUUUUGCCUAUUCCCUCCCGAUGGAUUGGUGGCCGUACUUUGGUUGUGGUAAAGCUGCAAGAGAAAGCUCUGAGAGCAAUGUUCAAAGUAAAAUGAAGCAACAGUGAUAAAUCUGCCUUCGUUCAGCUGUUGAAUUUGAUACUUCUCCUCGAGAGAGAGUGUAUAUCGUACCGAGCCAAUAAUCGUGAGAGUUGAACAGUAGUCACCGUAAUCGAGCCCAAACUGACUCAUGGGAUGGAGAACAGAUCCGAUUUGUUCACAAAAAACUCUGCGUCGCACUUUGAUUUUUUUUUUUUAUACUUUUUCGAUACUCAUGUGUUUUACGUACUUAUGCGAGCUAAAAUGCAAGAAAAAGUUCGUCCUCAUGUAUGAUU